AUGUCUGGCAAGAACGACAAAGUCCUACAGCCAGCAUUGUUCCCAAUGGAUUACACUAUGAUGCCAAUGUCAUCCACUUCGACUUCUUCCAAGCCCAAGCGGCCGUUUGACAUCAGCAACCUCAUGUCUCCUCCUGGUCCAGCUCCUUACGAGACAUUCAACCUUCGUGACGCCGCAAUGCCACCCUCAAAGCCCAUGUCCGCUGCAAGCAGGCAGCUGGGACCGAACCCGCCCAUAUCUCCUCCCAUCUCCCCCUAUACUAGGGCGAGAAACUCAAUUACAACGGACCCUCGCCUUUCCAUUUCGGACAACGACCCGAUCCUAUAUCCUGCUCCCGAAUCCGCUGCCAGUCCUCCUUCUGAGCCGCUCUUCGUCCCAUCGGUUCCUUCAGCCGAGCCGCUCGAUGACUUGGUCAACAAUCACAUUGCUUCUCGACCCCAGAGCAUUGUACGCGCCACAUCGCCCCCGAAGCCGGAGGAGUACGAGCUGGUGCUCUUUUUCAAGUCGGAGUGCCUGAAGAUGUGGCAGAAGGAUCCUCGGGACUGGCUUCGCAAGGAGCGCCAGUAUCUGCGAGCUGACAAGAAGAACCAUACGAAAGCACGGCCCAUAGUUAACAAGCUUCCAACGAUUUUGCCCGCCGCUCAACCUUCGGCUCCGGCUCCGAGACCUCAGGUGGCGAGAACCAGCAGCAUUGGCCGCGUUCAGAAGCCCAGAGUCACCAAGGCACCGGCCCAAAACCCUCGACCGAUUCGGGCAACUCCUACGCACUCUCGACAGACGGCACGUGUUAGCGCCACACCUGAACCUAGGGUGCGAACAGUGGCACCAAACAGGGAGGACAAGGAUUUCGACGCUCUUCCCGACUACACACCCAGCAUUUUGACGCUGCCCAACACACCCGGCUGUCUGAAGGUCGACUGGAAGGGUAACGCGCUUGACUUGAGCAAAGAUCCCAAUAGGGCCCUUCUCCAUGAUGAGGAGCUCAGCCUUGCCGCCGCCCUUCGCCUGGAUUGUGCGACCUAUCUCACGAGCAAGAGGCGCAUCUUCAUGAGACGCAUUGAGUGUGCCAAAAUUGGCAAGGAGUUUCGCAAGACAGACGCUCAGCAAGCGUGCAAGAUCGAUGUGAACAAGGCAUCGAAGCUGUGGACGGCGUACGAAAGGGUUGGCUGGCUUGACCCUAAGCACAUUGAGAGGUUUCUGUAUAACUGAGAGCCUCCAGUCCUGGAUGC